CCGUCUGGGGAGCAAGGGACAGACCGUGCUGCCCGCAGAGUGAGCAGGAGUUUGGGGAGCAAACAGCAGCACCCUCAGGGGCAGUGGCACAGGCCAGCAGAGCCGGACGGUCCUGGAGACACCCUGGGAGCACCAGGCCUGGGACAGAGGGAGGACAGGCAGCCAAAGUGCAGGCAGCAGCCGGGCAGCGGGGCCAGCGGCCAGCGCCAAGGGGAUGAACUUCACGGUGGGCUUCAAGCCGCUGCUAGGGGAUGCUCACAGCAUGGACAACCUGGAGAAGCAGCUCAUCUGCCCCAUCUGCCUUGAGAUGUUCUCCAAGCCGGUGGUGAUCCUGCCCUGCCAGCACAACCUGUGCCGCAAGUGCGCCAAUGACGUCUUCCAGGCCUCGAACCCUCUGUGGCAGUCGCGGGGCUCCAGCUCGGUGUCUUCUGGCGGCCGCUUCCGCUGUCCGUCCUGCCGGCACGAGGUGGUGCUGGACCGGCAUGGCGUGUACGGCCUGCAGCGCAACCUGCUGGUGGAGAACAUCAUCGACAUCUACAAGCAGGAGUCUUCUCGGCCCCUGCACACCAAGGCUGAGCAGCACCUCAUGUGCGAGGAACACGAGGACGAGAAGAUCAACAUCUACUGCCUGAGCUGCGAGGUGCCCACCUGCUCGCUCUGCAAGGUCUUUGGAGCCCACAAGGACUGCGAGGUGGCUCCACUGCCCACCAUCUACAAGCGCCAGAAGAGCGAGCUCAGUGAUGGCAUCGCCAUGCUGGUGGCCGGCAAUGACCGUGUGCAAGCAGUGAUCACCCAGAUGGAGGCGGUGUGCCAGACCAUUGAGGACAACAGCCGGAGGCAGAAGCAGUUGCUGAACCAGAGGUUCGAGACCCUGUGCGCGGUGCUGGAGGAGAGGAAAGGUGAGCUGCUGCAGGCGCUGGCCCGCGAGCAGGAGGAGAAGCUGCAGCGUGUGCGCGGCCUCAUCCGCCAGUACGGAGACCACCUGGAGGCGUCCUCCAAACUGGUGGAGUCGGCCAUCCAGUCCAUGGAGGAGCCGCAGAUGGCGCUCUACCUGCAGCAGGCCAAGGAGCUGAUCAAUAAGGUGGGAACCAUGUCCAAGGUGGAGCUGGCCGGGCGGCCGGAGCGGGGCUAUGAGAGCAUGGAGCAGUUCAGCGUGAGCGUGGAGCACGUGGCCGAGAUGCUGCGGACCAUCGACUUCCAGCCGGGUGCGUUCGCGGAGAACGAGGCCGAGGAGGUGGCGCUGGACGCGGACGAGGGCCCCGCGGCACUGGAGGAGGAGCGGCCGGAGGGGCCGGAAGGCCCGCAGUGACCCGCCCCUGCUGGGGCGCCCCGGGACUCGGGGUGCUGGAGACUCUGCGCAGAGACCGCCGCGCCCCCCAACCCCAGGGCCCACCGCAGCGGGGGCUCAAUAAAGGACUAAAGCGCC